UCGGAGAAAAACGUUUUUGUGGUUCUGGAGACUUCGCUGCCUUCCGCUUCUCUUUAGACCUCCAUGCGCUCACACAUCCACCUCCUGCUGCCCUAAACCAUUAGACACAACACACAGGUUUGAGCCAUGGCCAGUAUUCAGAUCCGGAGGUAUCGGGAUGCCGACACUAAGGCGGUGAAGGAUAUCUUCACCAUGGGGAUAAGCGAGCACAUACCCUCGUCCUUCAUGCACCUCCUGAAACAGCCGCCGACCCAAAUGGUGCUCAUGUGCGUGUUCUGCGCUCUCAUGACCAGCUCCAAGUCCUUCCUGCUACCCAUCCUCGCCGUCACCCUCCUCCUGGCCGGGGCCAGGCAGUUUGUCGUCUACAUGUUCAACUGUUACAUCGACACCUCCCUCAAGAAGGACCUCGACAACAUCAGUGGGACCUACAUGGACAAGAAGGACUCGUGUUUUUGGGUGGCUGAAGUCGAUGGUCAGGUGGUCGGCACGGUGGCUUGCCUUCCUAAUGAGGAUGCGCCCGCAUGCUUGGAGUUGAAACGCAUGUCUGUACUCCGCAGUUACCGCGGGAUGGGCAUCGCUAAGACUCUGUGUCAGACAGUGGCUGAUUUUACCCGUGACAGAGGUUUUGCAGCAGUCAUCCUGUUCACCUCUGUGGUGCAAACGGACGCUCAGAAGCUGUACGAGCACAUGGGCUACCAGAAGAUACGACAGUUCGUUGUUCCGGAGCUUGCUGCCAAAAUCACAAACUUCACUCUGUUUGAAUACAGACUUGAUUUACAGAAAGAUAAAAAAAGUGAAUGAGUGGUCUUAAAACUUAUGUUUUCCUUAUGUUUUCCCAGAAUGCAUUGCUCUUAAGGCAACCAAACACUCAGGAAAGGUCAGACUACAGGAUCCACAUGAGGAACUGUUUACUACACACACUAGCAGCAAAAAAAUUAGGCAUGUUUUCUCUAAUCGCAAACACACACACACACACACACAAAACAAAUUGAUCAUAGAAAUAUCUGCUAUGUCUACAGACAUGAUGUUGAAGGGUUUGUGUUGAUUUGAGUUUCUUCAAAGUGAUUUGAUUAUUUAAUUUUGUAAAUGAUUUACUUUCUAAAUUACACUAAGAAUAAAAAGCUACAUAUUAACAUGCUCCUACAAUUUUGUGGCAUUCGCUUAUUUUGUAUUACCAUUAGGGAUGCACCUAUCUGAUACUCUGAAUUAAUAUUGACCAUGAUAUUGAUCUGAUUAAGCAGAUCAUGACAUCACCAAUCCACAUAUAAUACAGUUUUGUCAAUGUAAUUAUAAAAUUCAUUGUUAUUGAUUCAAUUUAUUCAGACAUGGCGAACACUGUUUUUAGCUCCAGAGUAAUCCCUCAUUGUCCCAUAUUACCUUAAAUUAAAAUGACUCCGAUAAGUUUUAUGUAGUGAGGUCUACAGAUUAUAAAUUGGAGAAAAAGAGAGAAGUGGUAUUUAAUUGGUACUCAGUAUCAUAAUCAGUAGAAAAAGUUGGACUGGUGCAUCCUUAGUCCUGUUACCAAAAAAAUGUUUUGCAGUAAACUUGAUUUUACUUGGGUAUAAAAAUA